AUGCAGUCGGAAUACGAGCAUAAAAUCGGAAUAUCUGUAAUAUCUGAGCCAUAUAACAUCCUAGCAGAUGUUACUUGGGUUGGUAAUCAAACCAAUACGGCUGCAAUUCACUAUAAUAUGCAGUACAUCUCAAGCAUAGGCAUCGUAAAGAAGAUUGGACGUUUUUCGGUAGCGAUCCUUUGGCAAGAAGUCCUGAUAGUUUCGUGUUAUGUCUCGCCAAACUGUGACCAAGACACUUUUGAAGAAUUUUUAGACGAACUCACGGAUUGUGUUGCAUUCGCUAAGUCAGACAUUCUUGUUGCUGGAGAUUUUAACUCGCAGUCGAUGUUGUGGGGAAGUCCAAUAACUAAUGUGCGAGGGGAUAGUCUGGCCAGAUGGAGUGCCACUCAUGGCCUCACUCUUGUAAAUACAGGUACACAACCAACCUGCAUCAGAUCCCAAGGAAGCUCGAUAGUUGAUCUUACUUGGACGAGCGCAACACUCAGCUCUAAGAUCAGUGACUGGACCAUCUUGGAUCAAGAAACUUAUUCGGAUCAUGUGUAUAUACUCUUCAAAGUACAUAAGAAUACUACUCUUCCUGGUAUCCAGAAGAAACAUCGUUAUGCCAGAUGGGCUUUCAAAAAGUUCGAUAAGGAUAUAUUCCAAGAAGCGCUGGAAUUAACAUGUACUGGCUUGGAAGCGUUAGCGGAAGAUACCCUCUCUGCUUCCUGGAUACAGGAUACUUUGACUAUGGCGUGCAACUAUACAAUGCCUAGGGCUAAGCCAGUUAAAAAAUCCACUGUUUACUGGUGGAAUUCCGACAUUAAAGAUCUGCGGAAAAUUUGCCUCACUUCGCGAAGACACUGGCAGCGAGCAAAAUCAAGAGCCAGUACGCUGGACAUUAGAUUGCGAGAGCUGGAGGAGUCCUAUCGUACUAAUAAGAAAAAGCUCCGGAAUGCGAUUAAACAAGCCAAGUCCAAUGCAUGGAAUGAGCUCAUCUCCACAAUUGAGAAUAACCCAUGGGGUCUCCCUUAUAAAAUAGUAUUGAAAAGGAUUCGUAGAUCCAAGCCCAGUAUAUCAGAGAUGUUGGAUCCUGAAGUGUUAUCUCAUACGAUCACGAGACUUUUUCCUGCGGAUCCAUACUGGAACUUGGAUGCUUUUGAUUUACUAUCAGAAGAAAUUGUAUGGAGAGAAGAGCAGUGUAUGGAGACGACGUCAGCAGUGAUGAAAUUUGUUCAGCUCUACGUCGAUCAUCGCGUGUAA